CUUAUCAUUACACUCUUUUUUUUGUGUCCGUGAACACCCAAUCCUGUUAACUAUUAAGGGUUGUAUUGUCAAAAUGGCUAUUACGUUGUUUCUUCUACUUCUCCUUUGCCUUCUUGAGCAUAUAGUUGAACCAAUAGAGAGAGACUGAUGGCUUCUUCUUCGUCUACUCUCUGGAAGUACGAUGUGUUCCUAAGUUUCCGGGGAGAAGACACACGCAAGAACAUCGUCGGCCAUCUGCACAAAGAACUCGUCAACAGGGGAAUUGUUACCUUCAAAGAUGAUAAAAGGCUUGAGAUGGGCGACUCUAUUUCCCAAGAACUCAGCAGAGCCAUCCAAGAAUCAAGAAUUGCUCUUGUGGUUCUCUCAAAGAACUAUGCUACAUCUAGGUGGUGCCUAAACGAGCUCCUGAUGAUUAUGGAUCUUCACUUGAGGAAGAAGAUGAAAGUCGUCCCCAUUUUCUAUGGAGUUGAUCCCUCUCACGUGAGACAUCAGACAGGGAGUUUCACAUUGGACAAGUACCAAGCCUCAGAAACGGCUAACAAGGUCACCAAUUGGAGAGUAGCUCUCACGCAGAUAGCCAGCAUAGCAGGCAAGGAUUCUGCAGCUUGUGAGGAUGAGGCAUCGAUGAUUGAAGAAAUUGGUGAAGACAUUUCAAACCAGUUGUUAAUAAUGCAGCCAGUAGAUUUUAGCAAUAUCAUAGGAAUGAACAUUCACAUGGAGGGACUGAAUCCUCUUCUGAGUAUGGAAUCUGAGAGUGAUGUUCGUAUGAUAGGAAUCUGGGGGAUGGGAGGCAUUGGUAAAACCACCAUUGCCAAGUGUCUCUUUGACCGGCUUUCGCGGACAUUUCCAGCUCGUUGUUUCCUAGAAAACGUUUCCAAGAUUUAUAGAGAGCGUGGUGUCUCCUAUCUAAUGGAAAGGUUUCUUUCAACUACACUUGGUCUCUAUGAAAACAAGAAGAAGAAGCAGAAGUUGUCAACGGGUGCAGAACUUGGACCCCAUGAGGUGAAAGCAAGGCUUAGGCAUCGUAAAGUCUUUCUUGUCCUUGAUAAUGUUGAUGACAUGAAACAGAUGCAUGCCCUUGCUCAAGACACGAGCUGGUUUGGUCCAGGCAGUCGAGUAAUCAUCACAACAAGGGACAAGGGCUUGCUCAACUCAUACGGAGUUACAACUGUAUAUGAUGUCAAGUGUUUGGAUACCGAUGAUUCUCGUAAAAUAUUUAACCAGUUAGCGUUUGAAGGAGGACUUCCUCCUUGUGACUAUUAUGAUAAGUUGUCAAUCCGAGCAUCUAGGAUUGCUGAAGGUCUUCCGUCUGCUCUUGAAGCUUACGGUUUAUUUUUCCGAAGAAUGUUAUCUCUCAAGGAGUGGGAAGAUGCAUUGUGUAGAUUUGAAAGAACUCCUCAUACAAAUGUAGCAGAUGUCUUGAAAAUUAGCUACGACAGCUUGGAGGAAGCAGAUAAGAGAGUUUUACUUCAUGUAGCAUGCCUCUUUACUGGAGAACCUCUCCAGCGUGCCAUUAACUUUCUCAAUGAUGAUGAACUACAGGGUCGUCUAGCACUAAGAAUCCUAGCUGACAAGUCUCUCAUUGAGAUAACAGAGGGUGGGUGUAUAAAGAUGCACUACUUGGUACAGCAAACGGCAAGAGAAAUUGAAUGUCAAGAAUCCAUGUGGAGGUCUAGGGGAAAAAGAGUUUUAUGGGACCCUACCGAAAUUUAUGAAAUGCUGAGACUUAACAGGUACGAUGAAUCAGUGGGAUGCAUGUCUCUACACAUGUGCAAGAUGCCUGAUGAGUUGUAUCUGGAUGGGCAUGAGAAUAAGAACUACAAUAACCUCAAAUUCCUCAAGGUUUACAGGCACAUGGACCAUAUUGAGCCCAUGCUGCAUUUCAAGAAUGACAAUACAGAGUUACUUUCAUCUCGGUUGCUCAGGUUACUACAUUGGGAUGCGUUUCCCUUGACAGCCUUCCCUGACGGACUUGAUGCAAGUAGUCUUUUCGAAGUUAUUUUACGUCACAGCAAUCUCACAAGCCUCUGGAAAUCCAUGAAGUUACUACAGUUGAGAAGAUUAGACUUGACAGGCUCUAGAUAUUUGGAACAACUUCCAGAUCUUUCCAUGGCCGUAAAUUUGGAGGAGCUGAUAACUCAAGGCUGCAAGAGGCUAAAGAGAAUUCCAGAGUCUAUCUGUUACCGUAAAAGACUGCGGAAGCUUGAUGUCUCAUUCUGUGAUGAGCUCAAUAGUUACCACAUCACUAUAAGGGAACUGAACGGCCGCCACCAUCAGCAGAUUGUUUUGUAUUUUUCUCGUUUUAACAGGAGAUCGUAUUCCAUUGCAAAACUAUCCAUUGCAAAUCUAUCCAUUGGAGGAACCAUACAAAUUGAGAUGUUAUCGCUUGAGGGCAACGUCGACCACCUCUGUUUUAGUACUGAUAAACAAGCAACUAGUGACUGGACAAAAAGGGACGAGCUAGGUCUAAACUCUUUUAAAUCGUUUAUUAGGAGAUGGUCAGAAGACAUGGCCAUGUCAGAGUUUCAUGUUCAUGGACCGGUGAAGAAAGCAGAGCAGAUUUUUCGACCCACAUUCCAUGGAUUUAGUUCAUUAGAUAUCAUCAGGUUCAACUACAAGAGCGAUGGUGCUAGUUUCCUCUGCUAUAGCCUCUCCAUGUUCCCAUGCUUGAAAGAGUUAAACCUAAUCAACCUAAACAUCAAAGUGAUCCCAGAUGACAUAUGCACCUUGCAAUCCCUAGAGAAACUUGACUGGAGCGGCAAUGACUUCGAGACUUUACCAGAAACCAUGAAGCAACUUCAGAGACUGAAAUACGUCAGCCUCUGUAACUGCUUCAGACUCAAAGCAUUGCCAGAGCUAGUUCAGGUAGAGACCAUCAAACUCUCUGGGUGUAUGAACCUUUUGUUGGAGAUGUCUCAUACUGAGCAAGAUUGCAGAAGAUUCCAAUGGCUUGAGCUUUGGCUAGACGGCUGCAAGAACAUUCAGUCAAUAUCAAACCAUCUUAGAUAUUUUGUAAGUCUAUCAUAUUUAGAUCUUAGCAGUCAUGAGUUUGAGACAUUGCCGUCAAGCAUCAAAGACCUUUCCUCUUUGGGAACUCUCUGCCUCAAUAAGUGCAAGAAACUCAAGUCGAUACAAGGAGUUCCAUUGUCUCUCAAGUAUCUAUACGCUCAUGGCUGUGAAUCACUCGAAACUGUUUCCCUUCCUUUGAACCAUUCUAUUAAACACCUUGAUCUAAGCCAUUGCUUCUGUUUAAAACAAAACGAGCAUCUGGUCACUCAGUUUCUUAAGGAUGGACACGGCGAAGAGGAGUCACCGAGAUUCGCUUGCUUUCCUACGACCAAAGUGCCUAGUUACUUCGAUGUUACAGAGACAGGGAAGUCCAUAACAGUUCAAAUCUUGCCAUCCCCGAAAGUUCUAGGUUUUGAUGCGUGUGUCAUGCUUACUUGCGGGAGGCUCUUUCGUAUGCAGUUUUCGCCAUUUUCGUAUAGUUGGAGUUGGGAAGUUGACAGUAUCUUUCAGUUGGAGCUUAAACAAGAUCUCUUUCAUUCUCAUGAGAGUAGUUUCAAUAGUGUUAAGUCAGAUCACCUGUUUAUCUUCAGGGGGUCAAAAACCCUAGGCGAAGAAAUCGAGAAUUUCAGCUUAAUAUCUGAUCUGAAAAUCUCAGAUGAGUUUAAGUUUCCCCCAGCAGAGAUAAAAUCAUGUGGAGUUCGCUUGGUUCUUGAAGCUGGACAAACAGAUAAGAUCAACCUGGAGAAGAUGAUGACCUCUCAACUCUCUUUUUCUUAACUGUGAAGAACUAUUCCUUUGAUUAAUUAUGAGCUUAUAUAUCCAACCUAAUCUCUAUCGUGGAUCGGAGAUUGAGGAAGAAGAGACGGUUCGAUCGCGUCACCUGGUUAUCAUCCACAUGGCGAGUUGCGUAAACACGGAGAGGAUUGAAGAGCUGAGAGUCGAGUCCCAUCUUCAGUUUACAGAUGAGUUUCGGUUUCCACCCGACGAUUUAAAGAGCUUGUAGAAUUCGCAUGAUUAACGAAGACUGAUCGUCGAUAGGUUACGGUUUAGGCCUUGUCCGGUUAUAUUCAUUACCGUAUCACAUGGUUAUUCUUUUAGUUGUUCGGUUAAAUUUGGUUGUUUUAUAGCAUUUCAAACUUAUUCUAUAAUUUACUAUAAAAUAGAAUAAAAAAUGAAAUAAUGAAGAAAUCAAAAAAUUGUUAUUUCAAUUAUAGGAAAAUUACCUUUUUAUUUUUCAUCAUUCCAUUUUUCACUUUAUCUCAAAGUAAAAUAUGGAAUAGGAUCGAAAAUACUUUGAGAAACGGUUUAUUU